AUAAUAAUAAUAAUAAUAAUAAUAAUAAAAAGAAGAGAUAUUUAAUAUUUAAAUAGAACAUUGAUUGGUAUUUGUCGGUACUCGGUGUAUUAAUGGCCUCGUCCUUUGCAUGUUAUUUAUUCCGUCAAACGUGAACAACGCUUUGGCGUCCAUUACACGGAUGUCUUAGAACAGCGCACAAAUACGGGUUUGGUGAUUAUAUCAAUUGUCGUCUGUGUUUGAUUUGGGUUUACAAUGGCUGCCGAUCACUUCUGUUUGAAAUGGAACAACUAUCCUUUGAACAUGGUCACCGAGUUGGACAGCCUUCGUACUAGUGAAGACCUGGUAGAUGUAACUUUAUCAUGUGAUGGACAGUUGUUCAAAGCUCAUAAAGUUGUGUUGUCUAUGUGCAGUACCUACUUUCGAAAUGUGUUCAAGGAUAAUCCUUGUAGACAUCCAGUUGUAAUCUUGAAAGAUAUAAACCAAGACGAUGUUCAGGCAUUGCUCAAUUUUGUGUAUCAAGGCACUGUUUACAUAUCAGAGAAAAAAUUAGAAUCAUUUCUACGGACUGCAGAAUUACUACAGAUAAGAGGUCUAGCUGGGGCAGCUUCUACCAUAAAUACAGAUCUAGAGUCAACCCGAAUGAGUUUAGAGAGAAAUGCUAUGCCUCCACUACAGCAACUUUCUACCAAUAAUAAUCAAGAUGAAAAACAUGAUACAUCGACUUCAACAGAAAAAUCUGAUUCUCCCAAAUCUCCCAGUGAAAAAGUUUCUGCAAAACGAAAGAAGUGUCUUCCGGUUAAAUUGAAAAAACAAUUUGAUAAUGGCACAGAGUUUAUGGAUGAAACAACUGGUAGUGAAACUGAUAUAUUGAGUCGAUUAAAAGUCGAUGAUAUUGAUGAUGGAAAUGUAGAUACUGACUGUUAUAUUGAUGAAGAUGGAUCAAAAGAUGAAUUUUGUGAUGAUCCAUAUGCACAAGGACCUGAUGUUGAUGAAUAUGAAGAUGUAGAUUUAGUUAAAGAUGAUUUUGUUUCACAUUCUACUACAAUUUUUGACAAGUCAUUAAUUGCUUCUCGUAUGUUAAAUGAUCCUAAAGAUAUCCACACAAGUACAGCUAGUGGUAUUGAUUUUGCUAUAUCUUCAGCGCAAACAAAUCAAUGUCCAUCUGAACAAUCAUUAACAACUGCAGCAAUUUAUUUCACGGCUUAUAAGCCAUGCAGGCGGCACACAUAUUUUUGCAGGAUCCCACCUGGCCCAGUGUGGGGACUGUCCCCAUUGUGGACAGAUGUACAACAACCAGUCGUCGCUGAAGUAUCAUGUGCGUUUAAUGCAUUCGGACUUGACGCGCCGGCUGUGUUGUUACCUUUGCCCAAGCUCAUUUGUGUAUCGCGAGGCGUACAAAACGCACAUGCGACAAGAGCACAAUGUCAGAUUGUGAUGAAUGGUGAUAUAAUUUGUGUAAGUGGACAAAAAUGGUUGUCGGUCAGUCGGAGCAUGGUGUAUUGUUUGUGAUGGGGGAGUCUCGAGCACUAAACAUUCCAAAUAUGUACAAAUUCAAUAAUUAACAAUCUUUAAACAUAUAUAACACCAAUUAAUUACUUAAUAUAAUAUUGAUUGUUGAUAAUAAUAUAAUAUUUAUUAAUAACUUUGGCUUUAUGUUAAUUCUCUAACAUUGGAACUAUACUAUAUUUGCAAGUAUAAGUUAAUUAUUUUAUCAACAACAUACUUUUAUCCAAAAUAACAAUGAUAUACUAUGUUAUGGUCCUUUUGUAAUUACUCAGCCACAAUUUCAGAGCAGAGCAAUGAAUGUGUGUGAGAAAAUGAUUUGGUUUAUGGAUGGGGGGAGGGGCGGAUACAUGCAUGCACCAGACCGCUUUUAGUGUGCCGCCUGGUGCGUUCUUAUUCUGAAAAGGGUAUAGGUCAAAAGUAUAAUAAUUCCUAGUACUUAUCUUAAUGAUUGGGAUAAACAGGAAUUUUCGACUAUUCCAAUUAUAUAAUUUUGGUUGUGAUUCAAAAAAAUUAUACAAUGAUACAUGAUACUUGACAUUUUCUCUA